CUCUGACAGUAUUUUAAUAAACACUUGUUGUUUGUGGUUUGUCAGGUCUCUUCCUGUCUGAGUUUCCUGGUUGAUGCUUCAGAGAAAAGUGAACCGUCACACAGACGAUCAUCCUAACAGAAGAAUCAGACUUUGGUGUCUGUCCAACUGCUGUUGGUCUGAUGUCCUGCAGCUGCAGAAUGGAGGGAACAUCUGUCCAGAUGCUGCUGGCUCUGAGCUCCCUGCUGUGCUGCACAACCAACCAAAUUGGUCUGACUGUGAGUCCCAGCAGAUCUCAGUUCUUCAGAGGAGAAUCAGUGACUCUGAAGUGUGAGGACCACAGCUCUGCAGGAUGGACUCUGAGGAGAAACACCAGCAGAGGAACCAGGACUCAGUGUGGAUCUGAGUGGGGAUCAGCAGAUGGUUUGUCCUGCAGGAUCAGCUACAUCUAUCCAUCAGACAGUGGUGUGUACUGGUGUGAGUCCAGAGGGGGAGGAGCCUCCAGCAUCAGCGUGAACAUCAGUGUCUCUGGUGGAUCAGUGAUCCUGCAGAGUCCUGUCCUCCCUGUGAUGGAGGGUCAUGACCUCACUCUGAGCUGUCAAUCACAGACCCCUCCCUCCAAGCCCUCAGCUGCUUUCUAUAAAGAUGGCUCCCUCAUCAGGACUGAGCCUACAGGUCACAUGACCCUCCAGCAUGUUUCCAGGUCUGAUGAAGGUCUCUACAAGUGUCACAUCAGCGCUCAUGGAGAGUCUCCAUCCAGCUGGAUCUCUGUCUCAGAGAAACCCAGGACCAGAGGAGUCCCGCCCACUAAAGAUGUCCCGCCCACCACAGAAACCCCACCCACUGCUGCAGGUUCCCCUUGUCUUGAAUUGAGAGUCCUGCUCCACCUGCUGGUGAUCAGUCCGUUCUUCAUCUCCACUCUCCUUCUGGUGUCUUUAUGUCCACAAAGAGCCUCAGGUAACAGAAAUCAAUCAAUCAAUAUACUUCCACCAUCCAGGGAGACUAUCUGAGCAGACAGAGCAUCUCUGAGGAUUUUAGGACCAAGUAUAAUGACCUCAGUCUUCUCUGGGUUCAGGAGGAGGUCAUUAAUCAUCAUCCAGGUCACCAACUACCACAGUACAGAAACACAACUGUACUCUGAUCAUCUUCUGAUCUGUUGUCAAAGUGGUCUUUGAGUCAUGGAAACAGAAUUCCUGGUUCUAGGACAGAGAACAUGCAGAACAGCAGCAGUUCAUCAGAAAUUCACCUCUGGGAUGUGGGCGGGACAGCUGGUGCAGAACUACCCUCCCCUCACUUCCCAUCAUCAAUCUGUUUACUCUCUCUCCCACUAGCUUACAGCCCCCCACGCCCCCCACCCUAACAUUAGUGGUGAUCAAUAUAGUAGCCGUCCAUCAAUACAGUUUAGAUCCAGAUUCCAGCUCAGACCAGGAAAACAAAGACGUAUUUUUCUGACAGCGGAUGCAUUAGAACGGGGCGGAGCACAAAGACUUUGGCUCCGCCCACUCUAGAUUUUAUGUAUUUAUUUAUUUUUUGUCUCCUUU